CGGCGGUGGCAGUGGUGGUGGCAGUGGUGGUGGCAGUGGCAGCGGGGGCAGCCAUACUCAAACAACCGCCGAGCGAGGAGCGCGGCGCGGUGUAGAAAUGAAACGAUAAUACAGCACGUUGAAACGCUCACGGCUUAGGGACGAGGCGCAAGGCGUGAGUGUGACCGAUUGGGCGUAAAAGAAUUAGAAGACAGAAAAGAAUCAGGGCGGAAGUGCGGCAAAGUUCGCAGAGGAAAAGGAAAGAGUGUGUCGACGAAAAGAAGGGGGCUCCGCCGUCGAAUCUCGGUGGUGGCACGGAGUGGACGGUAUGAGCGCAAAGACGGACGUUAACAGGCGAGUCCUAGCGAUUCAGGCCAAAAAGAAGAGGCACAAGCCGAGUAAAAGAAAAGGGAAGGGUAAUUCUCAGGGUGAUACGGACUCAACUACCGGACAAUGCUCAAAAGUACAACCAGCCGCCGCACGGCAAGGACAAGGAUCCGACUUCUUUCAAGAUCCCUCUUCGGGACAGAGACCAUACUCCAGCGAUAAUGGAAAUAGAUUGGAACCAUGUCACAGCUCGAGCAAUGAAACGAUAGAGGAUGACGAUGAAGUGUACAGUAGCGAAGAUGAAGAGCAGGAAGAUAGCAGUGAUUAUUGCAAAGGAGGUUAUCAUCCUGUGAAGAUAGGGGAUUUGUUUUUAAGUCGUUAUCAUGUGACUCGAAAACUUGGCUGGGGUCAUUUCUCUACAGUCUGGCUUUGCUGGGAUCUACAGGAUAAACGAUUUGUGGCCCUCAAAGUAGUAAAAUCUGCAACACAUUUUACUGAGACUGCUUUGGAUGAAAUAAAGUUAUUAAAAGAUGUACGUGAUAUCGAUCCUAGCGAUCCUAAACGAAAUAAGACCGUCCAAUUGCUCAAUGACUUCAAGAUCAGUGGCAUUAAUGGUCUUCAUGUUUGCAUGGUAUUCGAAGUGCUUGGACAUAAUCUCCUUAAAUUGAUCAUAAAAUCUAGCUAUAGAGGAAUUCCAAGGAACAAUGUUAAGCGCAUCAUUCGCCAAGUCCUUGAAGGUCUUGAUUAUCUUCAUAAUAAAUGUAAAAUUAUUCAUACAGAUAUCAAACCUGAAAAUGUUCUCAUAUGUGUAGAUGAAACUUAUAUAAGAAAAUUAGCUUGUGAGGCAACCGAAUUACAUUCUUUGGGUAUAAAAUUACCAGUUUCUUUAAUUUCUACUGCGCCGAAAGAAUUUCAAGAACCCACGCCAAAUUCCAAAAUGUCUAAAAAUAAAAAGAAGAAAUUGAAGAAGAAAGCUAAACGGCAAAAUGAAUUAUUGAAGAAACAAAUGGAACAGAUAGAGGAAAUAGAAGAACAAAAUAAACUUGCAAAUAGUACAAGAGAAAAUGGUGAGUUGGAGACAAAUAGUCCGGAUCAAGAUGUGAAUACGGAAAGUAUAGAGGAUAAUACAGAAAGUAAAGGUUCUCCUGAUAUCUCAGAACCAUCUGUACCAUCGUUACACAUCAAUGGAGUGGAUGGUUUAGCAGGUGGAGAAAAAAUAGAAAAUCAAUCAACCGAUCGGUCGGAGAAAAUGGAAAAUGUGACUUUAUGUGAUGUAGACAAAAGUUGUGGUGAAAGUACUCUACCACGAGAUGCAGAAGAUACGGACGAAUGUAGCGAAGGACGUAAUUUAAAUCCACCGGAGAGUAAACAAUUAAAACGGGCAUCUGUAGCACCACUUGAUCCAGCUACGGUAGAUUGUGAAGUUGAAGUAAAGAUAGCUGAUCUUGGAAAUGCAUGCUGGGUUCAUAAAAAAUUUACAGAUGAUAUACAAACACGACAAUAUAGAUCUUUAGAGGUUUUGUUAGGAUCAGGAUAUGAUACUUCUGCAGAUAUAUGGUCCACAGCAUGUAUGGCAUUUGAAUUAGCAACUGGUGAUUACCUUUUUGAGCCACAUAGUGGUAAGGAAUAUUGUAGAGACGAAGACCAUCUAGCUCAUAUUAUAGAGCUACUUGGAGAAAUACCUAGACGUAUAGCGCUCUCUGGAAAAAAUUCGAAAAUGUACUUUAACAAAAAGGGUGAACUGAAGCAUAUUACCGGAUUAAAGCCAUGGGGGCUUUAUGAGGUGCUUACAGAAAAGUAUGAUUGGUCACCGAGUGAAGCACGCGAAUUUGCUGAAUUUUUAACGCCAAUGUUAGAAUUUGAUCCGAGUAUGCGAGCAACAGCUGCUGAGUGUCUGAAGCACCAAUGGUUGCAAAUCAAGUGAUCCUGCUUUUAUUUUAUUUUCUUUUAUUUUAUUUCAUUUUUUUUUCUUUUUUUUAAUUCUUUUAUCUUCAAAUUUCUGAGAUCCUCACUCUUUACCACCUUGAUGCAAUUACAAGUCGAGAGUGUAAUAGGAAGCGAAAGUCAGAAAAAAUUUUUUAUACCCAAUUAUAGUUUCAAUUUUCAAUAUAAAACGAGUACAUUACUAGGAGCGCACAUCCUAUAUUUAUUUCAUAUUUUGGGCCAUAAAGGAAUUUUAAGACACAGCCUAUAUAUAUGACACAAACGUAGCACAUCAUAAUGUAAAAAUAUACGCGAAUAAUUCGUUCGACGAUAAUAAAUUCUACUGAUAAAUGUCUCGAUAUUAUUAGGAGUUAGACAACAUUUAUAUAUAUAUAAAAAAAAAAAAAAGAAAAAAAAGAAAAAAAAGAAAAAAGAAAAAAAAGAAAAGGGGGAGAAAAAAAAGAAAGGGGGAAAAAAAAAGAAAAGGGUUAGAAAUCAAUUCUAUGAAAUUUCGUUAUACAGUGAGGUAUGCUUCCUAAUGAAAUACUCUCGACAUCACCCGCCUAUACGUGUAUUUAUAAAUUUGUUAAAUCAUAUUUUUCAUUUAGCGAUGACAACUUAAAUUAAAGUUAAUAGUAUUUUAUUACUUUAUACAUUCGUUACAUCCUUCGUACUGGUCACUUUAUUUAUCUACAAGUAUUCCAAGAGUCAUGGUACCCACUCAUAAGAUACUUUAUAGAUAUUUAAGGGCAGGCCCGUUAAAACGCGUAAAUUUCUAUAACUCAAUCUGACUAGAUUUCUUUUUAUGAUAUAAUGUCAGUUAACAGUAAACUCUUAAUGAAAGUUCUUUUCUCCAUUAAUUAUUUUCUAUAAACUCUUAGACGUAUAAUGUAAAUUUCUCACUACCUCGUUGCAUUAGAUAUUUUAAAAUACUCAUACACAACACAUGCCGGAACAUGUAGUUAAUGCACAGAAUAUUUCUAUGAAUUUACAAUGUAUUCAAAUGUACGAAUGAUUGGUAUCAAGUGAGAGUUGGUCACCAGAUUCUUGGUAUAUAAAGCCAAGCUAGGCCGAACACAAAUCGAUAUGAGACAAUAUGUUUUUGCUGAAUAUUUAAAGGGGCAGAAAUAUUUGAGUAAACGAAAGAUCGUUAAAUUAUGAGCAUUUUAAUAAGAAUAUAAGCCAAACGUACAAAUAUCUAAAGCAAUAUUAAUUUUCGAUUAUGCAAACAUUAUGAAUCUCAAUGGUCUCAUUCCAAAAGUAAUGCGGUUUUUUAAAGUAAGUUUUAAAAUAACGAAAAAAAAGAAUACUUUCAACUUUAAUCUAAGAUAUAUUUAUCACUAUUAUUUACAAUUUGUUUUUAUCUUGAUUUGAAAUGUUCAAUACCUUCAAUAAUUUCUCACUAUCAGGAAAUUUUCAAGAUAUUUUGACUUUGGUUUAUCAAUACCUGGAUCAUAAAUUUUGCGUAUUUUAUUGAUUGUUACUGUAGCAGCAGUACUCUCGCAAAAACAUUCAAAACAAAUUAAUGCCUUAAAUGCUCUUUCGACACUUCCAUAACGUGUUUAACUCUUAAAUUCACGUAUGAAAAAUUAAACUAGCACACAAUUACUUAAAACACUACAAAUUCUACACAUAAAUAAUACACAUUGUACGAAUAUGCAAUAAUUAAAAUAUUGCAUCCUCCAUUUUGACAAAUAAGAAAAAAUCGCCUUAUUUAUGGGACGACCCAAUUUAUUAUUAUAUCCUUUUGAAAAUGAAGCGAAUGCACACAAAUUGUCUUAUCUCGUGUGUUCUGAAGUAUCGAUUCUAAUAUAUACUUUCCUAUGUCUGAAACUCUCUAUGUUAAGUCUGAAACAUCAUGUGUGCAUAUAUGUGUGUAUAUAUAUAUAUAUACACAUCAUAUAUAUAUAUAUAUAUAUAUAUAUAUAUAUAUAUAUACACACACAUAUAUAUAUAAGCACAUAAGUAUACACACACAAGUUCUAUAUAACCAUCUUCAUACAUUGACCGAUCAUUGAGCUCUUCGCCGAUAAAUUAUUUCCUGUUUUAUAUUAAAACAAAAGCAAAACAAAAAAACAGUGCAUACACUGUAUAUUCAGCAUCAUCGGCUCGUUCAUGUUAUUCUGCUUCGUCUAGCACUUCAAAUCUAUACUCUAUCGUUUUCUUUCUUUCUUUCUUUCUUUCUUUCUUUCUUUCUUUCUCUCUUUUCCUUUUGGUAAGACUUAAACUUAGGGUUUCAUAUCGACAUGUGGAUACGCUUAUGUGUACGUACAAGGAUCUUAAUAAAAUCAUGCUUCGUUUUUUUCUUACCUUGGUGUUUCUCACCAGGUAAAGCGAUUUUAUUUAUAUAAGUAUUUAUCGUCACGUAUCAUAGUCAUUUCGUUUUCCGCUAACAAAAAAUUUUGUAAAAAAUAAUGAAAAUCUGUAUAAUAAUUGAUCUCAUGUGAACAAUGUGCAUCUGCUCUCACUAACAAGGUAUCAAUUUUGAAACAAAAGUCCUGGCACGAUAUUCUUCACACACAUAAGAGAAACGUGUUGUACAAUUAUAUCUGGAAAGGGGGAAAAAAGUUAACGAUUUCGUCAUUGAAAUUAUGAUUAUAAUUUAUUAUAUACUACUGUACUGCGAGAAACGGGAAAUAUUGUGACGUACAGAGGUUUAUUACAAUAUUUUCUCAGCGACAAAAAAGAACAAAACCAGGAAGAAGAAAAAGGAAAUCAACAACACCGAAUAAAUAAAGUCCCCUCUACUUGUAAUGCAGUAAUUAGUAUGGAACGCGUUUAAGAUUAUAGAUGAUCCGUUUAGCUAAUGAUGCGCCCUACGAAUUUAUGCUUGUUUCAAUUGAUUCUAUGAGCUGUAGAAUCAAGCACGCGAGCCGUAGGCAUUAUCACGGCUUCGCAUCAUCUAACGGCGAUCUUGUCGAAUUUGUACAGUAAAUAUUAGAGUAAAUAGCGAAUAUACGCGGAUACAAUUUUGUGAGAGGAUUUGAUGGCCAUUGAAAUUCGUUGGUAUCAUCUCGAGGUAAUCCGAGUUACGUCUACUUCUUUAUUUUAAUUCUUUUUCUUUUUAAAUUAAUCAGAUUCAAUGUAGCCAUAAACGUGUAUUUUGCAUACAAUAUAUAAAGCUCUUAUUGAAAAUAAGCUGACUCUAGAUAAGAACAAAAAACGUUAAACUAAUUCGUUCAAAUAGUACAACGAGAGUCGACUUUAAAGGUGAACAUUUUGAAACACAAAAGAUUCUUUUUAACUUUUCAUUAAGCAGAAAAAUAUUCGAUCGCCUCUAUCAUAUUGACGGACUUCAUUGGCCUGACGUAUGUUCGUCUUGUAGGUCAUAUAUUGCAAUUAAAAUAGAAGAAGAAGAAGAAGAAGAAGAAAAAAAAGAGAAAGAAAAAAAAAACCACAAAUCGAAAGAGAAACAUGAAUACCGACUUAUGUAGAGAUAUAAAUCCAUUAUUUACGUAGGCGUACGAUGGCUGCUUAAAUGCUAGUUAGAAAACAAAAUUAAUGACUUGUGUAACAUCUGAUGUAAACAUUUGAACUUAACGGACGUUUCAAUGGCUAAGGAUCUUCUCGUGCGUGUUAUAAUUAAUAAUACGUAAUAGAAUUAUUCGUUAAUGGCAUGUCGACCGUAAUACAUACGUGUAUUUCUGACUAUUCGAUGAAGAAAAGAAAAGAAAAGAAAAGAAAUAGAGGAAGAGAAUGGUUUGUAUAGGGACCCAAUUUUGAACUACACCAGCGGAUCAUGUUCCAAUCGGUAGGGAAAAGACAGUUAAAUGUUUGACAAUGGCUCACUCAAAUGAAUUGUCGAAAUGUUGGGACUCGUGGGAAAAGAAGAAAAUUAAAGCAAAAAAAAAAAGAAAGAAAGAAAGCAGAAAAUGGCAUUACAAAGGAAGAAAUUCGAAAAAUAGGUAGAAAAUUAAUAUUAUAGUAGUCUGUGAUUUUUAUAUAAUUGCAAAAUAACGGAGAAGGCUAAGAGGAAUUAUUUGUCGAUAAAGAGAGAUAGUCAGUAAGAGUGAAUACAAUCGAGAUUAAUCAUUUUAGUGAACAUAAAAUAAGAAAUGAAAAUCAAUGCAAGACACUCGGACGGGGAAAAAGAACACCAAGUCGCAAAUUUACUCGACCGAUGUCUAUUGUAAAUACAUAUACGCGGAAAUAAUUAGAAGACAAUUUUCUUUUGCACCGCGUUUUAAUCGUGACUGACUCUUUUCAUCGGUAAAGAUUAAUUAAUCGUGAGUAACGGGACAGUUGUCAGGGAUGACAAAAAUUUGAUAAGAGAAGCGCGCGUAUCUUACUGAUUGGUACAUAGUCAGUCUGGAGUCGUGGAAUCACGAAAGAUUUCAUUAAAAAUUAUCCAUGUUUAGCAAAUUAAAGCGCAGAAGUAUAUUACGAGCCACGCGAAAGAUCUGAAAAGAAACGAUGACUAUAAACUUUUUGAGAAUAAAAAAAGAAUAAAGAAAAGGAAGAAAACCAAACGACGAAUGAAACAAAAGAAAGAAAAAAAAAAAAAAAAAAAAAAAAAAAAAAAAACAUUAUGUAGGACAUCUUCAUAUACGUGAUCAUUUUUAGAAUCGUUUAUCGAUCGAAAAGUGAGAUCGAACGAAAGAAUUAACUUUGAACGAUAACAACAGGAAAACAAAAAAAAAAAAAAAAGAAGAAGAAAAUACAUUCAGAAAUAGCGUUAUAAAAGUUGAUUGGAGUGUUUUUAGAGAACAACAAGCUUCCGAGCUUUUAGACAAUAUCCUAAAUAUUAGCACUAAUGAGUGCCCCUUCCCGGCCGACCCAUCCUUCCGAUAUCGUUACGAGAAAGUAAGAGAGAAGUGAUUAGAAAGUUUUAAUCUACCGAUCGUAGGGAAAAGGAGCGAGUGAGAGUUAAUUCAAUUAUACACACACACACACACACACAUUUUCUUUUUUCCUUUUUCAAUCUUUUGCUUUUCCUUCCCCUCAAAUUACAAUUCGUUUCUUGAUUAUCGAGUUAAUAUUGUUAGAUCAAUGCGAUUUAUAAGAGUCAUGUCAUUUCGUUUCAAUUCUCUCAUCAUCGGAUUUAUCCGUUUCGUGUCACGAAAUCAUUUUUCGUUUUCGCACGGUGUCCAUUUCUACGUUUAUUUGUCAAUCCCUCCAUGUGUUUCGCAAGAUAAAUGAAUUAAUAAUAAUAAUAAUAAUAAUAAUAAUAAUAAUAAUAAUAAUAAUAAUAAUAAUAAUAAUAAUAAAAGAAAAAAAGAAAAAAAAAGUAAAAAAUAAAAAAAAGGAAAGAUAAAUCCGUGAAAAUGCACGUUGAAUCGGCACGAUGCCUCGUAUGCUCCAUUACUUCGAGAUCGAUAGAGAUUUCUCGCAAAUACACGAGGCAUUCGUAAAUUACUAUGAUUAAACGAAAAAAGAAACGAACGAGUCGAAAGAAAUAAAUGGAUUUGAUGUUUAGAUGCUGCCUCCAUUAUAUGCCCUGCCACAGGAAAAAGUAAGAUAAUAAACAUAGACCCAUGUACCCACCUCUAAGAGAAUGAUAUAUAUAUAAGAAAUAAAUUCGCAAGAAAAUAAAAAUAAAUAAAAAAAGGGAAUUUUUUCUUUCCAAUUUCAUCCAAUGCCCCAUCAAGUUAGCGAAGGAGAGAGAAAAAAAGAAUAGAGAUAAAAAGGAAGAAAUUCAAUACGGUUGCGACUUUUAUUUAUUUUAUAUAAACGACUUUUUUUCUUUGUUUUACAAAAUACUCGAUCAAUAAAAUUAUUUUCAAUCAUUGAUAACAUAGGGAUGUAUUUUACAUAUGUUUUUUAUUACAGAUAUCAAUUUUCUCGUUUGGGUUUUGCGUGAAACAAAGAAAGUUAUAAUUUUUAUUUUUGUAUCUAUGUACUAAAUUUUUUAUAAUCGACGAGAGUGUUUUAAAUAUAAAGAUUUAUAAAUUCCUUUAAGAAGACUGAUAACGAUAUUAAAAUAUAAAUAUGCAAAGUGUGUACAAAAUGAAUUGAAUGUGAAAACGGA